AUGUAACAAAUGUAUGUGUCAACAACCCUACAGGAACAUGACUGAGCCAGUUUCAGAGGAAAGUCCCAUGAACUGGUGUAUUGGUGUAUACCCAUGCAUAAUGUGUUUUGAGUGGGUGUAGGGGAAGUAAAUUCUGUUUAUAUAGUAAUCCAAACAGCAGUGAACAGCAAAAACCUCUCACUGCAGGAGACACCAUGAAGCUGUCAUCUGUUGUCAAAGCCUUAGGAUCUCUGUGUCUGCUGCUUGCAGAUGGACUUCCAGUUAGUGAGGAUAGAGCUCCAAAGAUCAUUGCACCAGAUCACAACAAAAUGAAGACUCAGCCAGGUCAACAGCUGUUUCUUACCUGUGACGCAUUUACAAAAAGUGAAGAUGAUGCGACACUUAUCUACUGGCUCGUCAAUGACUCCUUCCCUGAGGACCUGCCCAGCAGUGACAGAAUAGUAGAAGAGGAGAAAUCCACUCUGAAGGAUGGUGCAAUUCGUAGACGUUUGCAGUUGAAGAAUGUCACAUCCGAGGACUUCAAAUCCAGCUUCACCUGUGUUGUGAUGAACACUGCUGGAAUGGACCAAAGGCACAUAAAGCUAGUAGCAACAAGUGGUGGUUCUCAUGGAGGAAAAAAAAGAAAACACUCAGUGUCAAUACUGUAAAAAUCUGGGAUCUGGAAUAUCUGUGAAUUUACUAUUAUAUAUUACGCUGCUGAAUUGAAUGACAAAAUGUAUAAAAUUUGAGGUGCAUUUGGUUCCACAAUAACACAUCAUUUUCCUUUGAAAAUAAUGCUACAAUGAUGAUCCCUCUGAUCAUUCUGGGAAGGAAACAAAGUGCAACCAAGAGCAACUGAAGGAUAUUAUUACCCUCUUCUAACAUAAAUCUGAUGUAGCAUUUUGAGGAUCCCCAUCUUUACAUAAGGAAAGACAAUGUCCAGAGGCACAUACGUUUUACAUGGAACUGAAUGCGCGCUUGAUAAUUGUGGUAAACUGUCUCAAUUACUACCACAAGUCUACCACAAAGGCACAAUCUCUUAGAGAGAAUACUGUAACCAUUUAUUUGCUAUGCUUGUGUAUCAUUCCAGUCUGUGUGUUUGCUGGUGAUAAGCCAUUUUAAAUUUGUAUACUGUCAAAGCAUUUGAAAAUAAACUUCAUAAUGAGACAAA